CAUUGACAAUUGACUGAAUGGUUGUGUAUCUAUAUCACACAUGACUUAGGCUCUUAGAGAGAUACAACUUGAGUUAUAGCGUGCUUCAUACCAUUUAUUCACAAGUCUUAGUGACACAUAAAUAUUAAUAGUCCAAUUUGGCAUUAGGGCGAUGGAGGUGACCGCGCAACACAACUGGACGGAGAUGGCGGAGGAGACGGUAGAGGAGGCACUCAUCGAACGUCGAGCUCGACGCUCUGCCAACGAUGAUGGUGGUGCUGUUAAUGAAGAUGAACUAUCUAGCAGUGAUGAGGAAGAGGACAACAGGGACAAGACCAAAAAUAGCGUCUACUUUAAUGAAGUAAUUGACAACUUAAAGGCUGUAGACUUUCACGUUGUUCUCAAUGGUGAUCAUGACAUGGAAAAUCAUGGUAAUGGACAAAUAAUUUCUGGUGUGUGUCUUCCACCUUCACUAGGACACGGUGAGACAGGAAAUCCUAAGGAUGAAAUUCUUUCUGGUGUAUGUGUCCCACUUUUACAUGGACAAAAUGAGACGGGAAAUUCUAAAGGUGAAAUUCUUUCUGGUGUAUGUCUUCCACUUUUACAUGGACAAAAUGAGACGGAAAAUUCUAAGGGUGAAAUUCUUUCUGGUGUAUGUCUUCCACUUUUACAUGGACAAAAUGAGAUGGAAAAUUCUAAGGGUGAAAUUCUUUCUGGUGUAUGUCUUCCACCUUCACCAGGACAAAAUUCACUCGAUGAGACGGGAAAUGGCAAGGGAGAAAUUCUUCCUGGUGUAUGGCUUCCACCUUAUUCAAUAGGACAUGAGUCACAAUCAAGUGCUUCGGUCAGAAAAGGAAAUGAAAAUGAAAUAAUGAUUGAACAAGUUGAGGAGGAAGUUGUUGAGUUGGAGUUCUUUGACACAGCAGCAGUUGAUAAGAUACAACACACACAUAAUGCAUACUGUCCUAACUGUAGUUCUCGUAUAACUAAAGUUGUCCUCCGAAGGGUAAAGCGAGAAAGAAGGAUUUUAAUAGAAACUGAUGAUAAAAAAUCCGACCUACUUGGAUGCCUCUCAUGCUUCAGCGUUUUCGUACGUAUAGGAAAGAAGCUCAAUCCAUUCCCAAUAUUUGGAAGUGGAGGAGGAACUCAUAGUACAGAAAUAGCUGGAGAACCACAUCUCCCAAACACAAAUGAAGGUGGCUUCAUUCCAGGGGCAAUGCCUUCCAAGAAAUCACCAACUGAAAUUAUAGAGAAUAAAGGAGAUGAUUUCCGAAUUCCUAUAUUGGAAGACCCAGGAGCUUCUCCAUCAACAGUGAAUUCCAACAGCCCAAGAAGACCAGUACUUCCAGUUGAAGUUAAAGAUUCCAGAUCAUUCGAGAUUGUAAAAUGCAUAGUAUAUGGAGGUUUAAUAGAGGCAAUCGCAAGCUUGGGUGUGGUCUCCUCUGCAGCUGCAUCUGAUGCUGAUACAAUGAAGAUCGUAACUAUUGGAGUGGCUAAUCUGAUAGGUGGACUUUUUGUCAUUUGUCAAAAUUUGGUGGACUUGAAAUAUAGUGUCGGAGGAGGUUCCAACCAAGUAGAUCGAUACAGAGAACUACUUGGCCAAAGAAAACAUUUCCUACUUCAUGCUACUUUUGCCAUGUUGUCAUAUUUUUUUUUCGGCCUUGUCCCCCCCGUAAUAUAUGCCUUCACAUUUCGGAAGAGUGAUGACAGGGACUACAAGCUUAUAGCAGUCGCAGCGGCUUCUCUUCUGUGUGUUAUUAUACUUGCUGCUGCAAAGGCUUAUACACGAGGAGCAAAUAAGUUGCGUAAAUACUUCAAGACUAUCUUGUCUUAUGUGAUAGCUGCAGGUAUGACCUCAGGUGUUGCUUAUGCAGCAGGUCAUUUAAUUAAGAGGCUCAUGGAUGACUUGGGAUGGUUUGACUCAAAGCCGAUUUCACAAAAUCCAGCCUGGGCAUCCUAUUGACAUCUUUUUUUUCUGUGUUGUUAAAUCUUCUGUAUUUUUCCUCAAUUCCUUCUUUGUGAGCUUUCAGAACCUCUGAAAAUUUGGUUAUUUCCUGGGGAGCUUUUAUUACGCUAAAUGAGUUUUUGUAGUAUUGGUUGUACCUAUGUGAUAAUCUGAUGAUGUUUUUGUAGUCUCUAC